UUCCAGCGAAGGCAGCUAUCAGAAACACCGGGGCUUGCAAAGCAAAAUGUUUAGAUCCUAUCGGGAUAGGUUGCGGAUUAAGGCCGAUCGAGCAGCCGAAACCGACGAAAAUUACGGUUUAACCAUUUCGAUUGUCUGGUCGUUCAUCAUCACUGCGGCUGUCGUCGGAAUUUACUUCUUAGUGUAUUUGAACUGGAGUUCACUUCCAACUGGACUAACCGUAGCAGAUGAGCAGUCCAAUCCUGGCCGGUUUAUUGCGCAAGUUGCCAAAAAUAAUCUUGCCGUACUUACCAGCAAUGGUCCCCGAGUGGGUGGAAGUCCUAACAACGAGAUAUUUACCGUUAACUUCCUGCGUUCGACCAUCGAGAACAUUAUAACCAAAUCAAGUUCGGCACACAAGUUUGAACUGGAAGUUCAGAAACAGGACGGCAACAUGCUCAUGAACUAUACGGUAUAUCCACAAACCAGUGUGUACCAGGGAAUUCAGAAUGUGGUAGUGAAAGUAACUCCGGAAGGAGCCCCCGAACCGGACAACUAUCUGAUGCUGAGUUCGCACUUUGACAGUGUCCCGCAAAGUCCGGGUGCCGGUGACGACGGAACGAUGACCGUGGUAAUGUUGGAGACACUAAGGCAACUUUCGCUGGACACAACUCCGUAUCAGCACGGAGUCGUGUUUGUGUUCAACGGGUUGGAGGAAAAUACGCUGCAGGGCGCCCAUGCCUUCAUGGCGUACCACCGCUGGUGGGAGAAGGUGCGGGCCUUUAUCAAUAUGGAUGUGGCAGCCAAUGGUGGCCGUGAAAUUAUGUUCCAGGCCGGACCGAAGUUUUCUUUUUUGAUGGAGUAUUACAGAGACUACGUGCCGCAUCCGUUCUGCACGGCCGUCGCCGAAGAGCUGUUCCAGGCCGAUCUGGUACCAUCGGAGACGGACUUCUACGUUUACAGCAAAAUGGGUGGAAAACCCGGGAUGGAUUUUGCCCACAGCACCUGGGGCUAUCUGUACCACACGGGAUUCGAUGCGUUGGACACGAUACCACUGGAAACACUGCAGCAUACCGGGGAUAACGUCCUGUCGCUGGUCCGGGGCCUAGCAAAUGCUCCGGAACUAUCCAACAUUGACAAUUUCGAAGGCAGUAAAGCGGUGUUCUUUGAUUUCUUGAACUGGUUCCUGGUCUACUAUCCGGACUGGGCUGGAAUACUGAUAAACUCGCUGAUGGCAGCGUUGACAUUGGGUUUACUCGGCGGAUCACUGUGGAUUAUGUCGAACAAUUCGAGCGUCAGCUUUGGACGAAUGGUGUGCCAGUUCGGCGUAAAUUUGGGCGUACAAGUGCUAUCGAUAGCUGUGGGAAUCGGUUUCACCUUACUAAUGGCGGUCAUCAUCCACGCGGCUGGUGGUUCCAUGUUCUGGUUCACCGAAACGUGGUUAGCUUUCGGACUGUACAUGUGUCCCUUCCUCAUAUGCACCAUUUUGGGGCCUGUUUUACUCAUCCGGUUCUAUAAGAUCGAUGACAUUUUGCUUCAUACACGCGUGCUGCUGUUCCUCUUCAGUCAACAAUUGAUCUACACUAUUAUACUGAUCGUGAUGACUGCCAUGGCAAUUCGAUCGGCUUACGUCUUUGUUAUUGUUGUGAUAUUUUUCAACGUCUCCACAAUGGUCAAUAUGAUUAUUCGAUUCAAGAACUUCCACUGGAUCUACAUUCAUCUGAUUGGACAGAUUUUUCCCAUCGCCUACUAUUCGUCGUUUUCUCUAACCCUAUUCAGUACCUUCAUACCGAUGCAGAAUCGUGGAAGUGCCGAGACUAACCCGGAAAUUUUGAUUGGAUUGUUCAGUGUGAUAGUUAUACUACUGAUAAGUACUUUUCUAACUCCGUUGAUUGCCAUGAUGAGAAAACCGUUCAUAUACUUCGGUGUGGUAGUGCUCUUCUGGGUGAUCUCUAUCAUCGUCAUGGUAACGUCGGUAGGAUUCCCGUUCAGAGCGGAAACAUCACCUCAACGGUACUAUGUUUUUCACCUCGAGAGGAAUUUCUACAACUUCAAAAGCCAGUUACGACGCUCGGAUAGUCACUUCUACAUACAUCCGCAGGAUGUCCACAGCCCUGGCUAUAUAAAGGAUGUCGUUCCGGAGAUGCAGCGAGCCACACUGUUGGGUGACGAGUGCGAUCGUGAGUUGUACUGCGGGAUCCCGUUCUACCAGAAUACUUUCCAUGCCUUGAGGAACGUGGCCUGGUGGUUGCCAGCCGGACGUCCGUACUUACCGACACCAGUGGCCUUCCAAUUCGUCAGUGAGGAACGUUUCUCGCCGAACGUCACUCGGUAUGACUUCUCGGUGCAAGGAACGGACCACAUGAGCUUUUACGUGUCCCCGAUUCCACCGAAUAAACUGUUGGCCUGGAGUUUCAGCGAAGAAAUACCGCACAGUGGAUAUCGCUGGAACGGGCAGGACGUGCAUUACAUCAACUACGUUCACGGGAUUGACGAUUCGCCGUACACAUUUUGGGUGCUUAUCGAACACGACGGAGAGAAACCGACCGACGAACCGAGCUUCCAUCUGAACAUCGCAGCGCAGUACAUGCACCACGAAGAGUUCCGUACGGCCGAGUUCAAACAGUUCAUCGAGAACUUCCCAGAUUUUGCCCAUGUCGUGGCGUAUCCAAGCUAUCUGGAGAGUCGACUGUUUUAAGGUAGCGGGAUUCUUAGAGUGUUCGACCAUAGUUGACUACAAUGUGUUCAGAGAAAAGCCAAAUUUCGAGACUAGCUUUGUCGUAGUCGAAACCGAUUCAAAGUUACUAGGCAAAUUAUAUUAAGAAUUUCCUGCUGGUUCGAAUGAGUCUAGCUAUCCUAACAAAGUCUUUUCAGUUAAUACAAGUUUAAAAAAAAAUUACCCUACAAUUAUUUUUUAGGAAACCCAUGCCAAUUUAUUUUCGUUACUUUACAGAGGACAUUGAUUCUGAAAUAGAGCGUGAUGUUGCCAAAAAGGUCGGCAUUCCGGAACUUUACAUCCAGAACGUGAAGGGUAUUGCUGAAUUACACAAAAAUCUCCAUUAACGAAACCAACUUCGUAAAACCUUUUUUUUUAAUUCACCUAGUGGUGUAAUGAUGCCUUUCUCACAACAUCAUAAAUAUUGCUGGGAAAUUCUAAAAACAACUCUUUAUUGCAUGGAAAUAGGAAAGUUUCUUCGAACGGAAUCUAGCAAAAUCUAUAAAUCAAAACACCUUAGGGUUCAGGAACCAGAACUAAUAUCCACAACAAAUUCAGGGAUUCCGUAUGAAACCGUAAGACUUUAUGUUUAAGAAAAUCGAUUUGGCCAUCUUGAAGAAAAGUGAGACAGAUCCUUUUCGCAUCCUUCCUUUUUUUUACCACUACUUCCAAUACUUCCGAAUUCCGAGAACCGGAAUAGCAGAAAUUGGUUUGUAUGGCCUACUAUAAAUAUGACCUACAAAUUGGAACAGUUCCGAACCUAAUUAAAAAGAAUGUUUUCCUUUUUCACUUCGUAGUUUUAGGUGGCGGUAUAAAUUUUUUAACGCUUAAUCCAGUAGUUCCGGAAUCGGAGGUCGGAUCCAGAUAAAAUUCAGGAAUUUUAUAUGGGACCAUAAGACCUUCUACAGUUCGUGAAAAUUCUAAGUUCGUGAAAAUCGGUCAAAUCAUCUCUGAAAAAAUAGACUGUUGAAUAGUUUCAUUUUGGAGCAUUUGAACACUAUUUUCGGUGCUUCCGGAAUCGGAAACCGGAAAUCAGGAUAGCCGGG